CAACAACAUCAACCUCAACCCACCACUCUCCUCACUACCACAACAGCCAACAUCAGCCCUCGCUCCCUCUCCCAACCCAACCAUCCUGCAGGCCAUGCGCAUUCGUCCCCUCAUCUUCCUCAAUGUUGUCUGCCUUCACGGCACAGCCUAUCGUUGAGCUCAAGCAGCGCGACAAGUCCAAAAUCGAGUCCAUCCUCUCUCACAGCGACCAACUGCUAGUCGGCCUCAACACCGGCUCUCUACGAAUAUAUCGUGUCAACAACCCCCCUUCCCAGCCCUCCGAGCCAACUUCAGACACGCCUCAGGACUCGUCUAGCGACCAUGUUUCCCCUCCCUCUCCCCUCCCCAACCCUUCUGAACUCCUGCGCGAAUACGAAAAGUUCUCGAGAUACAAGAUCGAUCAACUGGCCGUCUUUCGUGAAGCCAACAUCUUGAUUUCCCUCAGCAACAGCCUGGUUUCAAUACAUGACCUUGGAACCUAUGAACUCGCCGAACAACUCGUAAAGACAAAAGGCGCUUCCCUCUUCGCCGUCACUAGCAAUAUCGUCAAGGAGCCUAGCACUGGUGUUCCCACCCUCGUCAGCCGCCUGGCCGUUGCCGUCAAGCGUCGCCUUCUCCUCUGGUCGUGGCAUGAUGGCGAACUUGACCAUGAUGCAACAGAGAUUGCUCUGCCCAAUACCAUCAAGUCCCUCACCUGGGCCACCGGCACCAAAAUCAUCGCUGGGCUCACUCCAAACUAUGUAUUCGUAGAUAUCGAGUCCCAGGACAUUAAGCCCAUCGUUGGGCCUGGCAGCAUUGGAGGAGCCCCUGGCCAAGAGUCCAGCAGACUCGGUGGUACCAUGAGCUAUAUUGGCAUGGGCGCCGUGGUUCCCCAGCCCCUCGCCACCGGCUUAGGCGACAACGAGAUGCUUCUAGCAAGAGAUAUCAACACACUGUUUAUCGAUCGCUCCGCUGAGCCCAUAGACCGGCGGCAGAUACCCUGGCGAGUCCCCCCUCAGGCAGUCAGUUAUUCCUACCCGUAUCUGCUCGCUUUGCAAGACCCCAACAAGGGCAUCUUGGAGGUUCGCAACCCCGUCACCUUGACACUGCUUCAGUCUAUCGAGAUUCCCGGAGCCGUUCUGUUGCAAGUUCCCAAUCCAAACAUCAGCCUUGCUCAUCGGGGAAAGGGCUUUCUCGUCGCCAGCGAGCGUGGCGUUUGGAGGAUGCAAGGUUUGAGCUACGAUGACCAGGUCGAUGCCCUCGUCGAGCUGGGACAGCUAGACGAGGGCAUCAGUCUCCUGGAAAUAGUCGAAGAUACCUUGAUCAAGGACAAACAAGGCCGCCUUCGAGAAAUCAAAAUGCAAAAGGCCCAAAAACUCUUUGAUGAAAAGAAAUACCGUGAUGCAUUGGAUCUCUUUGGCGAGGUCUCGGCACCUCCAGAACGUGUUAUCAAGCUCUACCCACACAUAAUCGCCGGCGACUUGGCAGAACCGACGCGCAAGGAUAGCACGGACGUGUCGGGGUCUACCAAAGCCUCAGAUGGCCACAACCAAGGGCACCAAAAGUCGAGCUCCAUCACCGGUUCGAUCAAGAAGACCACCGGGUCGCCUCCGGAAGCGGACGCGGGGAGCAUCAGAAGCGUUCGAACCGCCGAGAUCCGGCCUGGCUCAGAUCAUUUGAGCGAGAGGGAGCUCAAAAUGGCGGUGCGAGAGCUGCAAGCCUUUCUGGCCGAUGUGCGCCGUCGACUCCAACGCUUCUUCAACCCCGAUCAGACGGUCAGGCCCCUAUCGGACGUGGAGAACAACUCGCAGACCGAGGACAUUCGCCAAAUCACAGAAUACCUGCUCGGAAUUCCCUCGCUCGACGACAUUGAUCUUCCCGAGAAGCUCCAAGCCGUGGCCCGCUUGGUCGACACGACAUUGUUUCGCGCGCACAUGUAUGCAACCCCUUCUCUGGCAAGCUCUCUAUUUCGCAUCUCCAAUUUCUGCGACCCGGACGUGGUCAUGACGAAACUUGAGGACAGCGAACGCUACAACGACCUGAUCGAAUUUCUCUACGGCAAGAGGUUGCACCGUCAAGCCCUCCAAAGGCUGCAAAAAUUUGGGCAAGACGACAAGAUCGCUGAUGUUGAUCCUCAACUACACGGACCGGAGCGAACCAUCUCCUAUCUGCAGAACCUCGGCCCUGAAUUGGUCGAUUUGAUAUUAGAAUUCGCACAAUGGCCACUCGAGGUCGAGCCGAACCUAGCCCUGGAAAUCUUCCUGGCUGAUACGGAGAUUGCAGAAUCACUCCCUCGGGACAAAGUCUUGUCAUUUCUGGAACCCGUUGACAAAGGCUUAGCGCAGAGAUACCUCGAGCACGUGGUCGAUGAGCUCGAUGACCAGACCCCCGAGCUGCAUCAGAAACUCGUCACCAUUUAUCUCCAACGCCUCAAGGAGCCCGACCUGGAAAAUCGGCCAGAAACUUUGGAUAAACUGCUCACGUUGUUGCGCACCUCGGACCAAUACUCGGCCGCCCAAACCCUGGGCCUGCUCUCUCGUGACGACCCGAACUUGUACGAAGCACGAGCCAUUGUCUUUAGCAAGAUGGGCAACCAUAAGCAGGCCCUUGAGAUUUAUGUCUUCAAGCUCGAUGAUGUGGUCAAGGCGGAAGAGUAUUGCAAUCAGACCCAUCUAGAGGAGUCGACGUCAGCUGCUUCGAAUGGGACGAGAGGGAAGCAAUAUUCCCGUCGGAAAUCAACAAUUGAUCCAGUCGACGAACAACCAUCCAUCUACCAUAUUCUGCUCAACCUAUAUCUCAAUCCGCCCAAGGGAGAAAAACCGAAAUUUGCCCCGGCUAUCGAGUUGAUGGCCCGCCACGGAGCCCGAUUGCCCGCCAGCUCCACGCUAGAGAUGAUUCCACAAGAGCUGUUGGUCCAAGAGCUCGAAUUCUACUUCCGAGGCCGCAUGAGGAAUGCCAAUACCAUCAUGAACGAAGCCAUGAUCAGUGCGGGUCUCCGCAAAGUCGAAGCCGUUCGUGUUCAGGCCGGCUUGCUCCUUGGCGAGGAAGCCUCCAACGGUGGUCGUCAACGUAAAGUGCGAGUCGACGAGGAUCGAGUCUGCGGCGUCUGCUACAAGAGACUAGGCAGUAGCGUUAUCAGUGUGUUUCCAGACAAUUCUGUGGUACACCUGGGAUGUGCGGUCCGAAAACAGAACGAGGUGGCCAGCCAGGCGUGAUCAGUUACAGAGGGUUGAGUCAGAGAUACGCAGAGUGCGACUAAUAGAAUAAGAUGGCGCGGAUAGAAAUGUCUCAAGUCGCUGCAUCGUCAUCCUCUCCUGCUGGUGCCUCUCCAUAGUUUUCUUCCUCGACUUCAUCUGCUGUCUUUCCCUGGACCGUGUCCGCCCCGGCUCUUUUGUCCUCUUCCAUCUUCUGAGUCAGGUAUGUGUUGAUAUCUUCUUGAAGUUUCUUAGUCGACGCGCGUAGCUGGCCGAGAUAUUGUGUCUUUGUGGUUGUGUCAAGAGUUCCGUCUGAACUGACUUUGGGGGAGGGGACAAGGUGCUCGAAUUGUUUGGUCUCAUUGGGAGAACUGUAGGCGGCGAUGAGGGGGGCUUGAGCUUUGUCAUUCAAUGCAUGGGUCAUGGCUUCCCACUUGUGGGUCGCUGUGUUCAGCGGAGGGGAGGGAUCAGGUCUUGAAGAGGGUAGUCUUGAAGCAGCCAAAGAAGUUACAAAAGGUUGUUGAGGAAGAGUGAGUGACUUGGAGAGAUGUGCAGGUCGUGAUGGUCAUGGGGAGGGGUAAAUUUCAUGUCAUUGACCGGAACUUUCACUCAGAUUUGUCCGGAAGCUGAUCAAAGGCUCAUAAAUUAUGUUG